AUGGGGCUGGAGGCACAGAAGCCCCCAGGGGCAGAGGAGGCCCCGGUGAGAGUGGCCCUUCGAGUCCGCCCACUGCUACCCAAGGAGUUGCUGCAUGGGCACCAGAGCUGCUUGCAGGUGGAGGCCGAGUGUGGCCGUGUCACCCUGGGCCGGGACCGCCAUUUUGGUUUCCAUGUGGUGCUGGCAGAGGACGCUGGGCAGGAAGCUGUAUACCAGGCCUGUGUGCAGCCCCUCCUGGAGGCUUUCUUUGAGGGCUUCAAUGCCACUGUCUUUGCCUAUGGUCAGACAGGCUCUGGAAAGACGUACACCAUGGGAGAGGCCAGUGUGGCUUCUCUCCAUGAGGAUGAACAGGGCAUCAUCCCUCGGGCCAUGGCUGAGGCCUUCAAGCUGAUUGAUGAGAAUGACCUGCUUGACUGUCUGGUGCACGUGUCCUACCUUGAAGUAUACAAAGAAGAGUUCCGAGACCUGCUUGAAGUGGGCACUGCCAGCCGGGACAUCCAGCUUCGGGAAGAUGACCGAGGGAAUAUUGUGUUGUGUGGGGUGAAAGAGGUGGACGUGGAAGGCCUUGACGAGGUGCUGAGCCUGCUGGAGAUGGGCAAUGCAGCGCGGCACACGGGGGCCACGCACCUCAACCGACUCUCCAGCCGCUCCCACACGGUCUUCACUGUGACCCUGGAGCAGCGUGGACGAGCCCCCAGCCGCCUGCCCCGCCCUGCCGCUGGCCAUCUGCUGGUCUCCAAGUUCCACUUUGUGGACCUGGCGGGCUCCGAGAGGGUGCUCAAGACGGGCAGCACAGGCGAGCGGCUCAAGGAGAGUAUCCAGAUCAACAGCAGCCUCCUGGCACUGAGCAACGUCAUCAGCGCCCUGGGCGACUCCCAGCGUAGGGGCAGCCACGUUCCCUAUCGAGACUCCAAGAUCACCCGGAUCCUCAAAGACUCACUUGGGGGUAAUGCCAAGACCGUGAUGAUCGCCUGCGUUAGCCCCUCCUCCUCCGACUUUGAUGAGACGCUCAACACUCUAAACUAUGCCAGCCGGGCCCAGAACAUCCGCAAUCGCGCCACCAUCAACUGGCGGCCAGAGGCCGAAAGGGCGUCAGAGGAGGUGGUGGUGGCUGGAGUGCGUCCCCCGCGGCAUCGCUCGGAGACACGCAUCAUCCACCGGGGCCGGCGUGGCCCAGCAACCGCCGCCGCACACCCUGUGGCCGCCCGCCCAGAGGCCGAGUGCGCGCGCUGCCGGGCCCGCGCUGACGCGGCCUGCAGCCUCCUGCGCCAGCUGCAGUCGGAGCCCGGGCUGCCCGGCGCCGCUGCGCGCAAAGUGCGCGACUGGCUGUGCGCAGUGGAGGGGGAGCGCAGCGCGCUGAGCUCCGCCUCUGGGCCCGACAGCGGCAUUGAGAGCGCCUCUGCCGCCGAGGACCGGACCGCGCCGGGGCCGCGAGGGCGAAAGGAAGAUGAGGGGGCGCAGCAACUGCUGACACUACAGAGCCAGGUGGCUCGGCUGGAGGAGGAGAACCGAGACUUCCUGGCUGCGCUGGAGGACGCCAUGGAGCAGUACAAACUGCAGAGUGACCGUCUGCGUGAACAGCAGGAGGAGAUGGCAGAGCUGCGGUUGCGGUUGGAGCUGGUGCGGCCUGGCUGGGGGGGCUGCGGGCUUCUGCAGGGCUUGCCUCCCACAUCUUUUGUGCCCCGGCCUCACACAGCCCCCCUGGGGGGUGCCUACGCCCAUGGGCUGGGCACGGUGCCCUCUGCCUGCCUUCCUGGAGAUGACGCUGAUCCUGAGCAGUGGGGAGAGCUGACCGGUGACAAGCAAGUUGGCACCAAGUUGGUGGAGGUGGACAGGCUAGGGAGCAGUUCAUCAACCACCUCAGAGGAGGAGGAGGAGGAGGAGGAGGCACCCCAGAGGACCCUGCACCAGCGCAGAAAUGGGAUCAGCAGCUGGAGCCGGAAGAUGGGGGCCCAUUCAGGGAGUCCAUCCGACAAGAAGGGCCCAGAGCUUCGCCUCGAGGAGCUGGGUGCAGCCAUGCCAGGGCCCAGAGCGGUUGUUGGGAGCCAAGCCCCGACAAGGCCUCGCCAGGCCCCCGCUGCCACAGCUUCUGAGUGGCGGCUGGCGCAGGCGCAGCAGAAAAUCCGGGAGCUGGCCAUCAACAUCCGCAUGAAGGAGGAGCUCAUCGGAGAGCUGGUCCGCACAGGGAAGGCUGCCCAGGCCCUGAACCGCCAGCACAGCCAGCGCAUCCGGGAGCUGGAGCAGGAGGCUGAGAGGGUGCGGGCCGAGCUGAGCGAAGGUCAGAGGCAGCUGCGGGAGCUGGAGGGCCGUGAGCCUCAGGACGCUGGUGAGCGUUCCCGGCUCCAGGAGUUCCGCAGGAGGGUCGCCGCUGCCCAGAGCCAGGUGCAGGUGCUGAAGGAGAAGAAGCAGGCGACAGAGCGGCUGGUGUCCCUGUCGGCACAGAGCGAGAAGCGGCUGCAGGAGCUGGAGAGGAAUGUGCAACUCAUGCGGCAGCAGCAGGGCCAGCUGCAGAGGCGGCUGCGCGAGGAGACGGAGCAGAAGCGGCGCCUGGAGACGGAGAUGAGCAAGCGCCAGCACCGCGUCAAGGAGCUGGAGCUGAAGCAUGAGCAGCAGCAAAAGAUCCUCAAGAUCAAGACGGAGGAGAUCGCUGCAUUCCAGAGGAAGCGGCGCAGCGGCAGCAACGGCUCCGUGGUCAGCCUGGAGCAGCAGCAGAAGAUUGAGGAGCAGAAGAAGUGGCUGGACCUGGAGAUGGAGAAGGUCCUGCAGCAGCGCCGGGCGCUGGAGGAGCUGGGGGAGGAGCUGCACAAGCGGGAGGCCAUCCUGGCCAAGAAAGAGGCCCUGAUGCAGGAGAAAACGGGGCUGGAGAGCAAACGGCUGAGGUCCAGCCAGGCUCUCAGCGAGGACAUUGUGCGAGUGUCCAGCCGGCUGGAGCACCUGGAGAAGGAGCUUUCAGAGAAGAGUGGGCAGCUGCGGCAGGGCAGUGCUCACAGUCAGCAGCAGAUCCGCGGGGAGAUCGACACCCUGCGCCAGGAGAAGGACCUGCUGCUGAAGCAGCGCCUGGAGAUCGACACCAAGCUGAGGCAGGGCAGCCUGCUAUCCCCCGAGGAGGAGCGGACACUGUUCCAGCUGGAUGAGGCCAUCGAGGCCCUGGACGCUGCCAUCGAGUAUAAGAAUGAGGCCAUCACGUGCCGCCAGCGAGUGCUGCGAGCCUCGGCUUCCUUGCUGUCCCAGUGCGAGAUGAACCUCAUGGCCAAGCUCAGCUACCUCUCAUCCUCAGAGACCAGAGCUCUCCUCUGCAAAUACUUUGACAAGGUGGUGACGCUCCGAGAGGAGCAGCAUCAGCAGCAGAUCGCCUUCUCGGAGCUGGAGAUGCAGCUCGAGGAACAGCAGAGGCUGGUCUACUGGCUGGAGGUGGCCCUGGAACGGCAGCGCCUGGAGAUGGACCGCCAGCUGACGCUGCAGCAGAAAGGGCACGAGCAGAACAUGCAGCUGCUCCUGCAGCAGAGCCGAGACCACCUUGGGGAAGGGUUAGCGGACAGCAAGAGGCACUACGAGUCCAGGAUUCAAACGCUGGAGAAGGAACUGGGCCGUCACGUGUGGAUGAACCAGGAGCUAAAGCAGAAGCUCAGUAGCCUGAAUGCUGCAGGCCAGAACAGGGGUGGGGAGAAGAGGACCGUGUGUCCGGAAAACAGACAACUCCCUGGAAAUGAAGAAGAUGCUCACCAGGCCCCCGAGGUUCCGUGGCAGCACCCCCUCACCGAGGGGGUCCCCCGACCCCGCGAGGAGGUGCGGGAUUUGGUCCGCGCUCCGCUGCCGCUGACAUGGAAGCGCUCGAGCCUGUGCAGUGACGAGCAGGGCCCUGAGGAGCCCCGGCAGCGGGAGGUGGCCGAGGCCCUGGUGGGCCGAGGGCUGUCUGUCUCGGAGGGGGCGCUGCCCUGGAACCUGGGGGCCCUGCCCAAGCCCCGGCGGGAACUGCGGAGGGCCAGCCCAGGGAUGAUCGAUGUCAGGAAGAACCCGCUGUAG